UUCAUGGUGGACAACGGCGCCGACGACUGGCGCAUCGCCAUGACCUCGGAGCGCGUCUUCUUCAUCGCGCUGGAGCUGCUGGUGUGCGCCAUCCACCCCAUCCCCGGGCAGUACCUGUUCACCUGGACCGCCCGCCUGGCCUUCACCUACGCGGCCUCGGUGGCCCACGCCGACGUGGACAUCGUGCUGUCCAUCCCCAUGUUCCUGCGGCUCUACCUGCUGGGCAGGGUGAUGCUGCUGCACAGCAAGCUCUUCACCGACGCCUCGUCGCGCAGCAUCGGCGCCCUCAACAAGAUCAACUUCAACACGCGCUUCGUCAUGAAGACGCUCAUGACCAUCUGCCCCGGCACCGUGCUGCUGGUGUUCAGCAUCUCCUCCUGGAUCAUCGCCGCCUGGACCGUGCGGGUCUGCGAGAGGUACCACGACAAGCAGGAGGUGACCAGUAACUUCCUGGGGGCCAUGUGGCUGAUCUCCAUCACCUUCCUGUCCAUCGGCUACGGGGACAUCCCAUUAAAAUGGCAUAAAAAUCAGGAAAAACCCCAUAAAAAUCAGGGCAAACCCCAUAAAACCCGGACAAACCUCAUAAGAAGCAGCAACACCCCGCUGCAGGUGAAGAACGCCGCUGCCAACGUGCUGAGGGAGACGUGGCUGAUCUACAAACACACCAAGCUGGUGAAGAAGGUCGAGCCCGCCCGAGUUCGGACCCACCAGCGUAAGUUCCUCCAAGCCAUCCAUCAGCUGAGGAGUGUGAAGAUGGAGCAGCGCAAACUCAACGACCAGGCCAACACCCUGGUGGACCUGGCCAAGGUGAGCCUGGUGGCCUGGCCUGGCCUUGUCCCCUGUCCUUGUCCCCAUUCC